GGGAAACACGAUGCCAGCUUCCAGUACCUAGUCGUCGGCGGACCUCCUCUUACAACGUCCGGGACUGACCCAUGGUGCCUAUCUAUGGGGCGACUGACCUGCUGGUCCAGGCUUAGCCUCGUCGCAGUGACCAAGCUCUGUGGGCUUGCUAUGGAGGGACCAGGGGAUUACAUAGUGAUACCCUGCCCCUUUGAUAUGGCGGGGUCUGGGGAUCCUGGGAGACGUUACUAGGUAAGUAAGUAGGUAGGUAAGUGGGAGGCGAGGACUUCAUAUAAAGAUGGUUCAAGCCGCGGGUCUCGAGGAGAGGUUGUGCGGUCCUGUCGUCCCUCUCUUUCGUGUCACGGUUGUCGUCGUCGCGGUGUCGAGGCGGUCUUUUCGGCGCGCAACACGGCUCUUUCUAAUUGUCACUCUGUCAAUUGAAAGACAGUUUCAGUCCUUGUUUUCAUCUCCUGUCAUUUUCUGUCCGCAUAUCCACCCGCACCAUGAGAACCUGUGUAACAGGCUGGGCCCUCGCCCUCGCCUGCCUCCAAGUCGCAUCCGCCCUCAACGGCGCCAUAACGCGAAAACUCGUCGAAAUGGCCGACAUGGGCCUCUACCCAGACGGCACGCCCAUGGAGGGCGUUGAUUCCGACACCAUGAUGACCACUUUCACCACCGAUCCCCCCUUUCCUCCCCCACCACCAACAGACGACAUCGAGCCCGAGUACAUCGAGCUGCCCCUGGACAAUUUUGCCAAAAGCAAGAACCAGGACUACAGCUACUAUGGGACUUUUUACAAUCGGUACUGGGUCAAUGAUGCGAGCUAUAAGCCGGGCGGGCCGGUUUUCAUCUACGAUGCGGGCGAGGCGGAUGCGAGCACGAAUGCGCAGAAUCGGUUGAGGAACUCGAGUAGUUUUUUCAAGAGGUUGGUGGAUAAGUAUCAGGGGAUUGGCAUUGUGUGGGAGCAUCGCUAUUAUGGGAAUUCCACUCCGGAACCGAUCAAUGUGAAUACGCCACCCGAGGCGUUCAAGUGGCUGAAUACCGAGCAGUCACUCGCGGAUGUGGACAGAUUUGCGUGGCAAUUCAAGAGAAAAGAUAUCUCGUACGAUCUCACUCCCAAGACCACGCCGUGGAUCUUCGUUGGGGGAAGUUACCCCGGCAUGAGAGCCGCAUUCAUGCGUGACAAAUACCCCGACACCAUUUACGCUGGAUAUGCGUCGUCCGCGCCUACGCAGGCACAGAUCGACAUGUCGGUGUACUUUGAGCCUGUCUGGGAUGGCAUGCAGGCAUAUGGAUACGGAAAUUGCUCCAGAGACAUCAACGCCGCGGUUCGGUAUAUUGACAAUAUGUUGGAGAAGCCCGUCACGGCUGCCAAAAUCAAGGAGCAGUUCCUCGGCCUUGGUGCGGCCGACAAUUCGCACGCUACGUUUGCGGAUGCGUUGGGCACCAUCUUCUACACCUGGCAAGCGUACGGCCCAGACGGUGGAAAGCAGGGCAUUGGUGCCUUUUGCGAUUGGAUCGAGAGGGACCCCAAGACGAACCGGACGGCUGGUCGCGAGGGAUGGGCGACGAGUAAAGGUGCGGCUUGGACGGUUGCACGCUGGGCGGCGUGGGAUCAGUUCGUGCCGAUGGUGAAUGACUUUAUGACGACGGAUUGCUCCGGUAGUCAGACUGUGAAGGGGAACUGUAAUCUCGAUUUGAAGUUUGGGGAUCCGGCUAUGAUUUCUUGGACGUGGCAGUACUGCACACAGUGGGGCUACUUCCAAUCCGCCAAUCUCGGCCCUCACCAACUCCUCUCCAAACACAACUCCCUCAACCACCAAAAAGACAUCUGCCACCGCCAAUUCCCCGACGCCAACUUCCGCGACCACGGAUUCCCGGACUGGCCCGACGUCCGCCGCACCAACCGCAUCUUCGGCGGCUGGUCCCUCCGCCCCAGCAACGUCUACUGGUCCGGCGGCCAAUUCGAUCCCUGGCGCACCCUCUCGCCCCUCUCCGGUGAAGGAAAUGCUCCCCCUGUGAGACCUUUCUCGUCAAGGCCCCCAAGGUGUGGGGAGGGACAGGACCAGAGCAGUAUCUUCGGUUACGUGAUUGAGCGGGCGCAGCAUUGCUAUGAUUUUAGGACCACGAAGGGGACGCCGAAGGGAGCGGAGGUGAGUCGGGCGAAUUUUGAGAGGGCGUUGGAUGGGUGGUUGGGCUGUUGGAAGCCUAGGAGGGAUAGUCGUGGGCCUGGGGGAAGGGGGAGGCAGUGGUGGAGGGACUGAUGAGAGAGGAGGAGAUGUGACGGCUGAUAUUCUCUCUUCUGUAUUUGCAUAAUAAGGGAUUUGGGUAGAU